AUGUCGCAUCCAGGUAUAGGAGUGACGCUGCUGUCCUUGGCCUUGCUCCAGUGCUUUCCAUGCGUCGCGAGCUACUCCGAUGGGGAGGAGAUUUUGGGCUGCUUACUGGUUCAGCGCAAGGCUGAGGCUCUGCCUCCCCGAUCUCCGGCUGCCGACGCAGAGACAGAGCCUGUGAUCUUGACGAGGCUAGAGAGCAACGUUGAGGAGGCAGGUCAUGCAGCAGACGCGGUCUCAGCGGAUGCCUUAUCACUAGUGAACGAGCUGUCCAAGUUGCAGGCUUCAUUGAAGAAGUCACGGGUGACAGAAGCUGUGACUAAACCGCUGCAACAUGAUUUAUUGGAAACUCUGGAAGCGGCGCACGCGAUGUUGACGCUGCCUGUGCCUGCUACUUCUGCCAGCCCUGCUCAGAGCAGCUUGGAUUCCUUGCUAUCGAUGGAGGCUUCGGACGAUUCUAUUUCACAGGUUUUGGGUGGAAACGAGACCACUGCCACACCAUCCACGAAGAAGACUUGGCAAGACACGGCCUCCUUGGUUUUAUGCUUCGGUGGCUUGUUUCAGCCACAGACCGGUGUCAUUGUUUGGGCUGGGACGUCAAUCUUUCUGGCAUGCACAUUGCUACUCGUCGCCCCUGAGAUUAAGCUCUUCUUGAAGGGCGCCGCAUGUAAGGAUGCAGCGCAAGGCUUCAUCUGCCUGCAGGAGCUUUCCGAUGCACCGGCGCCCAGCGAUCGGUACUAUGUCUGCAAGUCCGUGAUCGCCAUGACCCAGGACUUCGACCUCACAAACUGCAAACCCAUCAGGAAGGUGAGUGUCGGCGAGGCCCUUGAGCUCUUGGAGAGCGACGAAAGCACGUCUUCCUCCGGGUCCCCUUUGGCCCGGCUCCGGUUCCGGGCGCUUCAGGACGGCCGGGAAGGCUGGGUGACGCUGAAGGGGAACCAGGGCACCGUGUACCUGGAGCAGAGCAAGAGCCACUACCUCCUGGAACGCUCUGUGAGCUUAAAGACCAGCGUGAAGGGCACAGAGGUCCUUCGUCAGCUCGAGGCCGGCGAGGUCUUCGAGGCCAAGGGGAACCCGGUGAAGAUCACGCCCCAAACCUGCGUGGUGAUGCGGGCGAGGUCUCUCAUGGACUGGAGGGAAGGCUGGAUCUCCUUCGUCCCCGGCCCUUCGGCUCCGAUUAAGCCUUUCAUCUCCAAGGCACCGCAGGAUAUCGACUCCAGCAGUGACGACGACAUGGAGCAAGAUCGCGGGCAGUCGUGGCAUUUUGCUACGUGUUCCCGGAUGUAUUCUAGCAUCCGAAACUACAACCAGGAUUGGCAAUGCAAUCCCGUGGCCGAAACUGCGCGCAAUGCCCUGCGCCUUUGGCUUUCCGCCGAAGCCCCGAAAGCUCUUCCUGCGGAGGCUCUCCUGGCAGAUGUCGAGCAGCUUCGGGAGGACUACAGCACACUGUGCGACUGCCUCCGGGGGAAAGGCGUGCUGACCAACGAGGACCUGGUGGAGCAAGGCUCCCGGAGACUGCAAGCCGCAGCCUUUCAGAGCCUCUGUCGAAGCCCUGCAGCGGUGCGUGUGGUCGCAGAGGCUCUGGGACCUGCAGUCGCAGCUUUGUCUGCCGCUUCUCCAUGCGCCGCCUCAGCUUGCCGGUCCACCUUCCUCAUGGAGCCAGCUGACCGUGAGACUCCCCAGGAGCUGGUCCAUCAUGAGGACGAGGAGUCCCCGAAUCCGGCCAGCCGAAGCGCUACAGCCGAGGCCUUGGAGAAGGUCCCUGGGACAACGGCCGUGUACGGCAAGUCGGCUCUUUCUAGCAGGCUUCUGGCGCACCUCAUCGGGGUGAUGUGGCGCGCGGAGGAGCGAGAGCGACCCGCCAGCAUCGCUUUGCACCUGAAAGAGGUGGUCCGAAAUUUAGGCCACCUCGCUGGUGCAACGACGGCCUUCAAGCUGUCGGAGCUGUGUCGCUGCACCGCUGAUGCGUUGCGGCCGGUGUUGCCCCUGAUCUCCAAGGAGGCGCCCUCCAUCUACGUUUGCGGGGGCAGCUGUGGCAUUGCGAUGGACUCCGCCGAACGCUUUAAUCCCAGGACCAACCAAUGGGAGAUGCUGCCGUCCAUGUGCAUGCCACGGCGCGCAUGUGCUGCCGCAUCAGCGGGUGGAAAAUUCUACGUCCUCGGGGGCGUAGACGUUCCGCGCUUUGGUGGCUUGGAAGAGACACAGCAGGAGUGGAUGUUUCAGGAUAAAUAUUGUCCGGAAUGCUUCGAUCCCGUCUUGAAUCAGUGGGAGCUUCUGCCGCCGAUGAAUCGACCGUACACGCACGCAGCCGCGACUGCCCUCGGUGGUUUCAUCUACGUCUUCGGAGGCCUCAGCUUCGGCCACGUCCUGGACCAGGCUCAGCGCUUUGAUCCCAACAGGGGGCAGUGGGAGUGCCUUGAACCCAUGCCCACGCCCCGAUUCGAAUGUACUGCCGUCGCGAGCAAGGGUCGGAUCUAUGUGCUGGGGGGCUCAAACAUCUGCGGUGAGCCGUUGGGCGCUGUUGAGUGUUACGAGCCGUCCUCGGGGCAGUGGAAACAGCUCCCCGAGAUGCGCCAGGCGAGAUAUGGCUGUGCUGCAGCCUCUCUGAGAGGCUUGGUCUACAUCUUUGGCGGCCAUGGCUUUUGGGAGAACCUGAACGAUUCUGAGUGCUUCGACAUGGAGUACGAGAGGUGGUAUCCAUUGCCGCCAAUGCCGGCACCCAGAACCCAUUGUGGUGCUGCUGUGGCCGCUGGCUCGAUCUACGUCUUCGGGGGCCACACGAACGGCCAGGACGUUCUGACCAUCGACUGCCUGAAUCCCGAGUCUGGCUCAUGGGAGGUCGUUGCUCACAUGCUGAAGCCCCGCAGCCACUGCCUGACUGUCACUGUCUUGCCUUAG